ACCACUCCCGUCGUCACUUGAUUCCCUGUCCCAAGUUGCAGACAUGUCCGCCGCCUACAAACAAGCCAGCAAGAUAAUCCCCCUCUUUGACCGGGUACUCAUCCAGCGGAUCAAGGCUCCCGAGCGCACCGCCUCAGGCCUCUUCAUCCCCGAACAGGCCCGCUCAACCCUCAACGAAGGCGUAGUCGUCGCCGUCGGCCCCGGCGCGCCAUCAAAGGACGGUAGCAGCCUGCGCGCGAUGAGCGUCAAGCAAGGGGAGCGGGUGCUGUUGCCGCCGUACGGGGGGAACACGGUUAAGAUUGCGGAGCAGGAGUUCUUUUUGUACAAGGAGGACGAGAUUUUGGGCAAGUUGGAGUAGAUGUGAGGGAUGUGGGGGAUGUGGGAUGGAGGCAUGGAAAGGAUAUAGCGGUACGCAGAUUAACGUAGGGCAAGGGAUAGGCAGUCCGCCUGUAGGAUCAGAGAUGAGAGAUGUGCUGCGUGUGCUUCCAAAUAGCAGGCACUCUUCGCCGGUCAUUCCGCUAGACACAGCGCUCAUUGCUGGCAUAAGAUCGGACGACUCGGAUGGUCAUACAUAAACCAUUUUGAACCCGGCUUCCCUUCGAUGUUGCAAUAGCACUAGGAUCACGUGAGACGCGUGACUACGAG